UAUGUGCUACAUUUUUAUUGUUUAGGUGCUGCAUUAAAGAAUUAAAAUAAAUAUACGGAGGCAAUUGAGUGUUACGAAUAAGCUAUUUCCAUUAUUCCUAGUAAUGAUAGUGCAUGGAAUAAUAAGGGCUCUAUCUUAAAUGAUCUAAAUAAAUAUUUGGAGGCAUUAGAGUGUUACGACAAGGCUAUUUCCAUUAAUCCUAAAUGUGAUAUAGCAUGGAGUAAUAAAGGUUUUGCAUUACAUAAUUUAAAGAAAUAUCAAGAUGCUGUCGAUUGCUAUGAUAAAGCUCUGUCUAUAUGUAUUAAUCCUCUUCGUCUAAAAAGAAAAGCUGAUUCGCUAUUUGAGUUGCAGUAGAAAGAAGAAGCUAAAAAGUUAUAUUAGGAUGCUUUAAACAAAGGAUCAAAUGAGAGGGAUUACAUACAAAGAUAACUCGCCAAAUUAUGAAACACCUUAUUUUAAUAGAUCAAAUCCUUAAGAAUUAAAUC